ACAAUUCAAACCUUCCGUGUGAUUUAAUUCUUAAAAUUUCUGUCCCCUCCAAAAAAAUCCUUAAACGAAGCAAUUUGCACUUGGCGAGUGGCCGUGACGAUUGAUCGGAUAGAAAGAGAGGAAUGUGGUUUGUUAACAGGAAGGGGCCAUCUGGGUUCUCAGCUUCUUCCACGGCUGAAGAAGUUACACAAGGAAUCAAUGGAAAUGGCCUCACAGCCAUUGUUACAGGUGCUUCAAGUGGCAUUGGCACUGAAACUGCUCGUGUUCUUGCACUGCGCGGAGUACAUGUAAUAAUGGCGGUUAGAAAUGUAGCAACUGGUAGGGAGGUUCAAAAAGUCAUUGUCAAGGAAAACCCAACUGCCAAAGUUGACACCAUGGAGUUGGACCUGAGCUCAAUGGCAUCUGUUCGGAAUUUUACAUCAAAUUUCAAGUCCUCAGGUCUUCCACUGAAUAUUCUUGUUAAUAAUGCAGGAGUCAUGGCUUCACCCUUCUUGCUCUCGAAGGACAAGAUAGAAUUGCAGUUUGCAACAAACCAUGUGGGACAUUUUCUUUUGACAAAUCUAUUGUUGGAGACAUUGAAAAAGACAGCAAAAGAUAGUGAAAGAGAAGGAAGGAUUGUCAAUGUCUCGUCACGACGGCACCAAUUUUCGUAUCGUGAAGGCAUCCGAUUUGACAAAAUCAACGAUCAAUCAGGCUAUAAUGGUCUAUCUGCGUAUGGUCAAUCAAAGCUUGCUAAUAUUUUGCAUGCUUCCGAACUUGCAAGACAGCUGAAGGAAGAAGGGGUGAAGAUCACUGCAAAUUCACUACAUCCUGGAGCCAUUCCUACUAACCUAUUUCGUUAUCAUAGCCUCAUCGACGGUUUUCUUGGCGUUCUGGGUAAACAUGUCAUGAAGAAUGUACAACAGGGAGCAGCGACGACAUGCUAUGUUGCAUUGCAUCCACAAGUCAAUGGGAUCAGUGCCCAGUAUUUUGCUGACAGUAACAUUGCCAAAGCAAGUUCACAAGCCAAUGAUAGUGAAUUGGCAAAGAGACUGUGGGAUUUCACCCAGAAGUUGGUAUCUAGUGCUUUACAAAUUCCUUAAAAGCUUCUAUAAUGCACUCCUCAUUCAUCUGUGAAUUUGAAUAAAUUUGUAAAUCAAACAUCUCCAACUGUUGAGAUUUUCAGUUUACAUCCUGUGUUUAAUUAAUGUGUAAGUUUUCUUUAA